AUGUCAAAGUGCAUCCCGCCGGGCAACUCCGAUGCCCCAGGGGACCGCGCCGGGCACCUGGGAAGCCAGGACGGCCAAGUGCCCCAGGGUGGCAGGCGGAGGUGGGGGCGCGAGGGGCUCCAGAGCCGGCUGCGCCUUCGGGGGACCGGGAUUCUCGCCUGGUGCCCGCCCAUCCGUCCCGAGACCUGGGGUGCUCGGCACCCCCUCAGCAGGGGAGGGUCAGUGCCCGGGCCGCGUUGCGCCGGGUUGGGCCGGGAGCCGGGCCGGGGGGCGGGCCGGGGGCCGGGCCUCGCCGCGCGUCCCCGCCCCGCCGCGCCUCACUGGCUGCGGCAGCGGCGGCGGCGGCGGCGGUGGCUCCGGGAGCCGGGGCGACUCCGGCCCCGGCUGCGGGACUCGGGCAGGUGUGGACCAGCCCCACCUGGGCCCGAGUGUGCAGAGGAUGGAAACACUCCUCCAGCAAUGUCUCUGGGCCGCCUCCUUCGCCGGGCCUCCUCCAAAGCCUCGGACCUCCUGACCCUCACCCCGGCUGGCAGCGGGCCCCUCUCUGUCCUGGAUGGGGAGAUCAUCUACUCCAAGAACAAUGUCUGCGUGCAUCCGCCCGAGGGGCUGCAGGGGCUGGGGGAGCACCACCCAGGCUACCUGUGCUUGUACAUGGAGAAGGAUGAGCUGCUGGGGGCCACUCUCAUCCUUGCGUGGGUCCCCAACUCUCGGAUCCAGAGGCAGGACGAGGAGGCGCUGCGUUACAUCACCCCCGAGAGCUCCCCCGUGCGCAAGGCACCCCGCCCACGGGGUCGGCGUGCCCAGAGCUCAGGGGCCCCUCACCAGCCCUCCACCCCGGAGCCAAGGCCCACCCUGAUCCCAAGAGAUGAGGACAUCCUGGUGGUGGCCCAGAGCAUCCGGGACACUACGCACAUCAGCCCUUCCCCAGAUGAUGGGGAGAAGCUGGCCCAGGGCCUGGGAAUGGAUGGCCCCCUCGCAGCCUCGCAGCCGGCCCACAGCGACUCUGGGAUCUUGUCUGCAGUCAGUUUGCAGGAUGGGACUGAGGAGGGGCGGGAGCUGCGGCCCGAGGCCGGGGAGGAGGAGGGCUCCUUGGAGUUGUCGGCUGACGGCGUGAGCAGGGACAGCUCCUUCGACUCGGAUUCUGAUGCCUUCUCUUCCCCCUUCUGCCUCUCGCCCAUCAGCGCUGCCCUUGCGGAGAGCAGCGGCUCCGUGUUCCUGGAGAGCGAGAGCGGGUGAGUUCCUGAUUCCCAUCCUGCACUCCCUGGGGCGGCCCCCAGGGCCUGACCCGGCAUGUUGGGGAGCAGUUGCCUAUGUCACCAGCUCUGCUCCCUGAGCACUGAAGAUGGCCUGGGCCUUCAGGUGCCCGGCUCUCUGCCGGCCUCGGCACCUGUCCCAUCACUACUCCUGGCCGAGGAGAUUGUCAAGGA